AUGUGUGAAGCCGUCAAUUUGGGUUUCAAAUUAAAUCUCCUCUUUGUGCUUAUCCUUUUCAGUAUAUACACCGAUUCCUCUCGAAUCUACGAAGAGGUUCCCUCGACACUUACUUCGGGCUUAACAGAAAGGACUCCAACAACAGCACAGCCUUGUGGUUUCACUCGAUCUGCCUCUACCACAACACUUACAAGUGUCGAAACAGAGCGAACAGAGCCCACCUACGCAGUUCCUCUUUCCAACAAGGGGAAUACAACUACUCUUGGUCCCCUCCAACCACCUGUACCUCCACCGAUUCCCCCAAAAACUGGUAUCUGCCGUCUGGAGAUGGAAGACUUUUCUCUGGGAACUAUACCUCCAGCUCUGACGGCCUCGCCACAAGCACCAGUCUAUGUAGAGAAGACAUUGCCUCAACGACGUGCAGCAAGCGCCUUACGGGUCUCCUAUCAACGUUCACCUCGCGUUGAUGAUUCAAUGCGUGGUCGACGUCCAGCUUCCACAGUUUCACCAUCCGAUCUGGCCAACACUGACACCUACACUACCACUAACACAGUAACCAGCAGUAGUGGUAGUAGCUGGUAUGCUGAUAUCCUCCCUUAUAACCCUUCAAAUCUUCCCGACACUCUUGCCGACCGUUUGAAGCAACAGCGAAACAGUUUUAUCCUCUCCGCUCCACCCUCCAAUGGUAGUCAGGGUGAUAAUCUGAUGACCCGAUCCCUGUUCGAACCCCGUCAGACCACUUCAGAGAGUUGUGCUUGGCCUCUUCCUACCGGUCGUUCUGCUUCGAGGACUCGUCCAGUUUCCUUUCACGAUGCUCCAUCGAUCCCAAUCAACCUGCCUUCGCUGGAUCAUCUCUUGAAACCGUCAGAGAAUAGAAAAAUAUCUGCACCGGCAGCCGAUGUUAGCUAUACUUCACCACUGAAAAAUCUCCUCUUACAAGAACCCAUACAGCACUUCCAAUCGACGGAUUCUCCCCUCCUUGGGCAGUACUGUCGGUUGAAAUUGGUGAUUCCUCCUCCCGCGCCUUCCUCGGAGACGUCUUAUUCAACGUCUAGUGGAAGUGGAAGUCGAGUGGCAACGGCAGCCGGCUCAAAUAUAUGUUCUACAUUCAUGCAAUCUCCUUCCAGAUUUUGA